AUGCAGUUCGCCACUCUUCUCGCUUCCGCCUCCGUCGCUGCCGCUGCUGCCAUCAGCAAGCGUGACGUUACCUUCAAGGUCACCAACUUCGGUGCCGACUGCAUUCCCCACAGCACCCAGUGCUCUUACGGAUUCACUGUCAUCCAGCCCGGUACCAUGGAGACCACCGGUGUCAACUGCACCGCUCUUGUCCCCGGCAACACCGACGGCACUCUCCCCGAUGUCAAGGAGGGCACCUGCACCCUGUCCUCCCGCACCUUCGACGUCGUCCGCAGCGCCGAGGGUCUCACCCUCACCGUCUCUCAGCCGGUUACCCCCAGCAGCAACCAGACUGGCUCCCACCUUCUCCCCAACUCCGACUUCGAGAUCUCCAACCAGCCCAACGCUGUUGUUCAGCACUACACUGGUGCCCGCUCUUUCGACCUCGAGUAA